ACUUCUUUUUACGCUCGCUCCCAAAGCGGAGAGAGCUUUUUCGGGCUGCGGGCAGUCGCAGCACGUCCCCCGUCGGUGGGGUGUUUUGGGGGACGCUGAGCUCUGGGGUGACGCUGGCGGCUUUGGCGUCGUGGUUCUGCUGCCAUGAGGACGGAGGUGCCGGAGGAGCGGUGAGGUCCAGCUGUGUGGGCGGGCAGGUCCAGCUGUGCGGGCAGGCAGGUCCAGCUGUGCAGCCCUGUGGGCUGCUGCUCCGCUGCCCGUGGUUGCCCAGCUGGGAAGGAGGACCCAAGGACUUCUCCUAGCCAGGUCAGAGAGCUGUGCCUCUUAUCGCUUGCUUCUCCUGGCUCGGCUGCUUCAGAGCUGGAAAACAUUUCCAGUCCAGGACUUAUCCCCUGGGGGCGAGCGGAGGUUUCAGCCUGAAUUACGGAAGAGGAGAAUUGCUCCUGGUUGUGUUGGGUGACUCAGUAGCUGCUAGAUUGCAGGAGGGAGGGCAAAUGGCAGCCGGAAGAACAAACUUUAUUUAACCCCUUGUAGCGCUGGUGGGAACCGUCGUCUCUACCCUCUUCCGUGCCGCGGCUGGAGGCGUCCGGGAUUUCUGCUUUCUCUUCCAGCCUGGAUAAACCAGGGCACUGUGAAAUCAGGGGCCAACAUUUGGAAUGAAUGAUUUUUUUUAAAUUUGUUUUGUUUUGGUUUGGUUUGAGGUCAAAGCUCUCGAGGGUUGUGUCUGGUUAUCCAGCUCCUCUUUGCUAUUUAGGUGGAAGUUAUGGUAGGAACGGUAGCUCGUUCUUGUGCAACCCGAUUUUCCUCCGCUCUCCCGUGUCCAGAACUGACCAGCUCGGUGAUGCUCCUGAUUUUUAAAAGAACGGAGAAACGCACGUAUAGUGAUGACUACCCUGCUACUCACUGAGCAAAUAACACAAGAAGACCACGGCUCAGAGGGAAACUACGUGCUUUAUGGAUCCUCUUGCGCCCAAAUCACCGAGGAAGCUGAAUACGUGAAAAAGCAGCUUCCCCAAGCCGCGGGCGAUAAAGCGGAGUCGAAGAGCAGCGGCUGGAGCUGCAGCCCUGUUGCAAGGACGGUGAAGGAAACAGAAGAGCAGCUGCUGGUGGUGAGCAGGGAGAACCAAGCGCUGAAGAUCAAGCUGGAAGCCACGAGAGAAGCAGGUGUACAGGCUCUCAGAUCUGCCUCCCAACAACUGCGUGAGAACUACCGGACUCGGUCAGAAGAACUGAAAAAAAGCCACGAGAAUGAAAAGCAGCAAAUACAGGCCUACAACCUCCGACAAGAAGCAAAGCUCCAGCAAAGCUCCGCUAACGCCGGCCGCCUCGCCGAAGGCAUCGGGGAAAAACGUACCCGCAUUGCAGAGAUGGAGAGGCGCGUGCGAAGGAUGGAGGAGGAAAAGAAAACUCUGAUAGAGAAGAAAAUGGCAUUUGAAAAGACGCUUCAAGAGAUGAUGUCAAGGAAUGAAGACAGCAAACGGUGCCUGGAUCUCCAGAGGCAGAUUUCCACCCUGCGGGAGCAGAUCCUCCACCUCCAGCGCGUGAUCCAGGCGCAGCACCGCGACCUGCGCGGCGUGAUACGGGAGGCAGAGGAACUCAACAACGAACUCAGCAACCAAGAUAAAAAAAUAGAAAACCUGACGGGGAAGCUGACCGCACUGGAAGCGCAGAAUAAAGAACUGAAAGACAGAGUAGAGUUCUGGUCUAGCCAGCCCAAGGCUAACGCUUCCAAAGCUCUCCAGACUGACGCCCCACGAGAUUUUGGAGCUUUUGGAGCAUCCCCUUACCUGAUGCUCACCAGGCUAAGGAAGCACGAGAGCUGAAGGAACGACUGGAUGUUUGUCUCCUACCUUUGUCAGAAGGACUUUUUCCAUCCGUUGCAACCUGUAACUCCUACGGCCUCGCCUUCACACACGCGGCGCUGCAGGGCUGCGCUUGAAAGAAUAAACCCGGAAAGAAGGCGAGAGCUGAGGAGAGAGGAGGGGAGCUCACGAACGCCCGCGCAGCCCGGAUGGCAAAGGCAGCCCCGGCCGUACCUGGGGGACGCCGCAUCGCCGGAGCUCUGGUGCGGGCAGCGGCAGGCACCUGCCUGCACGAAGGGGCUGCCACCUGCACAGACCGCGGCACAGACUCAGUUUAAUCGCGACUCUCAUUUAGGUAAGAUUCGAAAAUAAAGCUUUGGCUAACCCGGUACGUUGUUAAGAGUCGCCGCUUUCCUGCCUGCUGUCGGAGCAGGGGGUGGAUGGAGGUGGAGCGGGGGUCCUGCCAUUUCGAGGGGCUCAGCUCUCCUCCGGCGUUCGACCCCGCGGGCACGGCGUGGUUUAGGCAUAGCAGUGCCGUAAUGGCGCAGCGUCCUUCCUCGGGCAAGGGCUGAGCGGAUCCCUCUCCGGGUUAACCCGGCUCUUGUUUUCCUGAAAACUUUCCAUGGCGAAUAGUGAAUUUUCUGCCCGCGUCAGCGUGAAGUUCUUCCCUGAGCCUUCCCUCCGGCUGAAAUCCCUUUUGGAGGGGAAAGG